CGCAGGCAAGCAGGCAGGCAGGCAGGCAGGCAGGCAAGCAGGCAGGCAGGCAAGCCGAGGGAGCGGUACGGUAGAAGGUGCGAGACGCGGAGCAAGAGCGGAGGAAACGGCACGGCGCGGCGCGGUUUCGGCUUCUCGGCAUCGGCUUCGGAAAUGGCCGCGGGAAAGUAGAGAGCGGAGCGUUUGGUCGCUGGCUGGCAGGCAGGCAGGCAGGCUGGUCGGCCGGGCUGGAUCGGUCGGUCGUGGUCCAAGUUUUCGGAGCAGCGCGCGCUCGUCCAUCCGGCCGCAUCGGGGGGCGCGCGAUCGAUUCGCGCAUCGGACGAUCUCGGAGAGCAGCGUGAGAUAUGUGAGAGCGACGGGGCAUCGCACGACGAGUUCUGCGGAGACGACGUCUUGGAGAGAACGGAAACGACGGAGACGGAGGUGGGAGCGGUUCCUCGGUCCGGUUACGGCGAAGAAGAGGAUGGCCGGCGACGACGGCACGACGACGAACAAUGAGGUCCUCGAGGCGGAGGGUGGGGAGGAGGGGCAGGGUACGCCAGCGCGAGGGGAACUGCAUUCCAGAAUGCCGCCCACUCUGGAAUGCGAUCCCCCCGGUAACAGGAAUUCGUCCAACGAGCGAGCCGCCGCUAACAACGAGGACGGUGUCUGCCGAUAUGCGGUCGGCGCUGCUAACCGCGCUAUGUCUUUCUUCGAGAUGUGUCAGAUUCGACUCCAGUAUCUCUUCCCGCAACUGCGCCCACCGCCGCGUUACAAUAUCCACGACCUCUCUAUAGAAACGACCGCGGAGACCCUGGCCGAUGAUGUGAUACGGUACCUGCUGAAGGAGGAUAUCUAUCUUAUAUCCCAGGAUCCAGUCUCGCGCAGCAUGAGGCACAAUGUAUAUCAAAUGCUCAACAAACACAGCAUUCUCUUUACGAGUAUGGUAAAUCGCUUGAACGUCGUCCCGGACACCGCUUACGAGACGUUUAUGGGGGUCGCCAACGAGCUGUUCUUACACGACGUCAUCACAUGGGCCAGGAUCGUCUGCUUAUACGCCUUCAUGGGCAGACUGGCUCUAUGGGCCAGGGACAGAAGGAUGCACAGUCUUAAAAAGAAAUUGCCGCAGUACGUCUCCAGAUACGUUGGUGAAAACAUAACGCACUUUAUCAAGGGCUACGGCGGAUGGGAACAAUUGUGCGUCGAGUACCCCGUGGCCGAGGAGGUCAGCGGAGCGGUUUGGCGGAGUCUGCUGAUGACGGGAGCCACUCUGGGUCUGAUCGCCACGAUCUUGUCGGUAACUUCUUGAUGGAACCUCACGGGAUCGUGCAACUUGAAAACGUCUUGUUCAAGAAGCGUACUUACGUUCUACGAGGAUACCCUCGAGAGAGACGCGAGUAGAUUUCUAUAAGCGUAACGCACAACGCUGUCAACAUUUUACACCGGACACCGGGACGAUUCGACUCAAACGCGGCGCGCUUGCUACGUCUAUACGAGAAACACGGCAAAUUAACAAGAGAUACAUCAACGCGUUGACACACACAAUUUUCAUAUCAAUGUCACUCGGCUUAGAGGAUCAUCCUACUUUUUAUAUAACUCCAGCGAGCAUACAUAGCAUGAGCGACAGACAAUGACGCUAGUUUCCUAUUACGAUACCUUAUAACAGACUAGUGAAAUUAGUAGACAGACUAUCUUAUUUAAUUUCUACAAUAGACAUUUUAUAUUAAAGUAAUUCCUAAUGAUAAUACUCCAAAUUGAAGAAAUUUUUAGAAAUUUAUGCAACAACAGAAACAAGAAUCUCGAAAUUAUAUUGAAUUUAGGUAGACACAAUCUAUUUAUUUAUAAUUUAUUUUAGGUAGAGAAUAUAUUAAAAUAAUAAAUUCUUUCAAGUAUCUCUUUGGUCACAGAACCGAUCGCAACCACACUUUUAAACUGUAAGGCAUACAUGUAAUACCGGCGGAAAAAAACGAUGGCUACGGAGCUACACCAUCAUGUAUAUUCCAAUAAUGGCUACCUUUUUAUAUGUUGAUAUAUUCUAUUACACUUGCGCAAAAAUUUUAUAAGCAUAUUCAGAAUAAAUACUUUUAUAAAAUAAUUCGAUCGUCCUCCUGUAAUCAUUACUGGAACGAGACAAAGAGAUUAAAAAAUACCUACUGCGAAGAUGAUUAUGGAACGGUUUUUGCAACUCCAUAAAAAAACAAAAUUCAACGUAUUUUCUCAUCUGUCGAUUCCCAUUUAGUAUUAAAAUACAUGUAGGUAUGUACUGUUCGCUACAAAAUUAAUAAUCUCUCGUACAUUAUCGUGCGUAUCAAUGGAAAUUUACUAUCGAUGGAAAUUUACAGGGUAGAGUACAAGUUACUGUUAUGAAAAUUUAAAUAUAGUUUUAUGAAGCGAUUAUAUUACUACAAAUAAAAACCGCUCAUAAAAUAAUAUAAAGACUUAUUUACAUGGUACAAGUACUUUUUGUUUUCUGGGAAGACAUCGAGUCAACAUCGUUAAAGCAUCUUGUAAUGUAUCAUAAUUAAAUUAUAAGCGAUAAGUUUUACUACACCGUUGCGUAUCGUGACAAUGGGGAUCAGUCUUAAUCGCUACGAAAUACCACAGGCGACGUACUUUUGAUGUAUACGUUUGCAAAUAAUCAAAAAUGCUAACUUCAUGUAAAAUAACGCCAUCAUUCCUACUGCAGUGAACACAAUCCUCCUAAUCGUACCUAUGUAAUCUAAAAUAUUAAUUAAUGAAGAACAAUAAAAGAUAUUGACACUUGA